AUGCCGAUAACGGAUGAACAAUGCUUUACUAAAUCUCAAGCAUUUCAUUACACUCGAAAUAGAUUAUCAAAUCAAAAUAACUAUUACAAUGGUAUCUCGGAAUUACAAAAAGAUUACGAGGAUCCUGAAUAUUAUUAUUCGAGACCACCUGAUUUUUCUCAGAAACAAACACCGCCACCAUUGCCGCCGAUGAAUUCAAUGCAGAAAAUUAUUCCGACGCAUCUUGUCAUAGAACAUAAACAGAGAAGCGGUUGUAAUUCAAAAUGGAUGUCAUUGGGAUGCUUGUUGGUCACAGUAACAAUACUAUUUAUCCUAUCGCUGGUAUAUUUUCUGGCCUGGGACUCAAAAAAAGACGCUAAUUUCGGAAACACGGCACAAUUCAUAAUUCCUAAAAUUCAGGAUAAACAUUUUAUUGAAAGUAUAUACAGUAGUUCCGACACAAAUGUAAUAAAAUCAAAAGUGAACGUCGAUAUUAUGGCAACCUUUCUGCUUACAUUAUUAAUUACAAAGCGGAAAUUAUGCUUAUUCGAAGCGGGUACUGAUCGAAGUGACGAAUCGAAAAAAGAAUAUCGUGAGGAACAUAUUGAAUCAGCGCGUCUCCUACAAUUUUCAAAUCUGAGCGUCAAUGGUACACCAAUUCAUCCAAUUCAAUUUCAACGUUAUGCUCGAAGUUUAGGUGUAGAUGCAGAUUGUUACGUGAUUAUUUAUGAUCGUGGAGAAGUUGUUUGGGCUACACAUGCUUUCUGGAUAUUUACGCUUUUUGGACAUCAAAAAGUUUCACUAUAUUCUGGUGGUAUUAAUGAGUGGAAAAGAUUGAAAAAAAAUUCAGCACAAUAUAGGACAGAGAGUGGUGAUGGUACAUAUCCGAAACGUAGUGGUCAUUUUCGAGCUCAAUGGAAUACCGCUGUAAUUUGCACAUUUGAUGAUAUUCUCACAAAUAUGGAACUGAGAACGCAUGAUUUGAUCGAUGGACAGGAUCGUGAACAAUAUGAAGGAAUUUCGUCGGAUGCAGUUUAUGGACAUAUUCGGUCAGCAAUAAAUAUUCCAACAAAAGAUAUUUAUGAUUGGCAUAAACGAAAAUGGCGUGAUGAAUUGGAUCUCAUAUCUCAAUUUCGUUCAAGAAAGCUCAAUGUGAAUCGAUUAGUGAUCGUAUACUCAUCAUCGAGUAUUCGUUCUAGCUUAAUAUGGUUUGCACUUCGGAAGUGUGGCUAUAAUUCAAGUAUUUACUUUGGCUCUUGGCCUGAAUGGCUUAUACGAGCACCUGAAUUCCUCAAAGUUAUACCAAAGAAAAAAUUUUAA